AUGGUCGCAAUCCACAUCGCGGCAGAUGUACCACAGAAUCACGUAGAGGAUCAGCAGGAUGGCGAAGAUGAACAAAGCCACCAGGAUAGCCUUGGUCACCGGAGAGAUGAGGGACUGCAUGUCACCCGCGGACCGCCGCCGAGGACAGACGACUCGAGAACUACACGGGGGCAGCGAGCGCGGACGGAUCCCGCGGCCCCGCCGCCACCCCCGCCGCCGCCGCCAGCGACCCGGCGGGCACCGGCGGCUGGCGCCGAGCCGGUGGCGGAGUGCCGGGGGCUGCCUCGCUCAGCGCCCCCGCUGCGGCGCUCGGGCGGGCGCGGCGACUCCCGGGCGGGCGGGACGGGGCGGCGCGCACGGGCAGCUCGGCGCGGCGGGGCGCCCGGCCAUGGGCACCGCGGCCCCGCCGCGGCUUCAAGCCCGCCCUGCGGCGGCGGCGGAGCGCGGCCGGCCGCCGGCAAACUUAGGCGCGGGGGCGGCCCAUGGGGGACAGGUGUCAAGCGCCCGGUUGCCCUGCAGGUCUCCGACGAAAGCCAUCCACGGGGGAGGGAAAGUUGCGGGCGGGACGCGGCGGGCGCCGCCGCCCCCGGCCGCAGAGGGAGCGUGCGGGGGCAGUGGGAGCCGCGGGCAGCCCGGCCGCGGCAGCCCGGGACCGCGCCGGCCGGCGUGUUCCGCCCAGCCGAGGUGUUCCCUCCCCUCCCAGCCGCUCGCCCCCUCCUCCUUCCUCCUCCUUCCCCUCCUCCGCUGCCUCCUGCGGUCCCCCCGCCUCCCGCCGCGUCGCGGGGGAGCCCCGCCGGCCGGGUCUGUGCUGUGGUCCUGUCUGUAGCGGGGUGCGAGGGAACGGGAUUUCCUUUCCCUGUCCAUCCCCUCCGCCUGCAUUUGGCAUCUUCAUCCCCCAUAUCCCCCAUCAGAGACCGACCUGGAGCGGGGGCCGGCGGCGGGGAGGACGGCUGAGGCUUGUCUCCGUUUUCUAAGCAGAAAGGUCACUCCUUCCCACCUCCAAAAAAAUUAAAGUUUUUUCUUUUUCAUUCAGGCAGGUCGGCAUGGGUCACAGCCUGCCAAGCUUCCCUCAGCGGUUCUGUGGCCUUUGGCAUAUGCACCAAAGGUGCACCAGGACAGAUAGCAAGAAAAUAGGGCAGGAAGAUGGAAAUUGUAUGAAAGAGCAUCGCUUGCAUAUUCACCCCCAGCAGCAGGUCUGGUUUAGCUUUCAACUCACCCCCGAAUUCUGCAGCGCCAGAAGUGCCCAUGUAGCGGCACAUCACGUGCACACCAACCUUGGCACUCAGCACCUGAAGUGUGUCCAGACACCUGCCUGCCUGCCCGGCACAGCUGAUCAGGACCAGGCUUCCAGGCGAGGAGCCAGGUGCCCCAAGAUCAGCCCUGCGCUGCGAGGCAACCAGAGAUGCAGGCACCCUUCCCUCAGGUCACCCAAGCAGGUGGCUGAUGAGGGCACCCUUGGUGGGACACAGGCUGCUCAUAUGGUGUGAGCUGCUUCUGGUACAAUGCAAGGAGUUGCCACCUUUGAUCUCUAGUGGGGACAGACCAGGUGCAUCUUCACAGAAGCUUCUUGCUGAAUUUCAGUUCUGAGUGCAGUUGUAUCAAAAAUACAGAAACACAGAAGAACAUCGUUGAACUGUGUAAGGAAGAAAGGGCUGAAAGAAACCUUGAGACAUCAUCCCCCAAGAAGGACAAGAGCAACUUUGUCAAGAGGGAGAAAGAAAGACUUAAACUUCAAUACCUGAAAAGCAGAUAAAUGAAGGAUAAUCAAAUUCAAGAGUAAAAAGAUAUCAGCCAACUGUUACUGGGUCUUAGGGAGAGGAACAUGUGAUGUGACAGAUACGCUUCCCUGACGAGAAAAGUCAAGCUGUU